AUGGCCUCCGUCUCUGAGCUCUCCUGCAGCUUAUCGGCUCUCAUGCUGCACGACAAUGAGUUGACCAUCAUGGAGGAGAAGAUCAAUGCCCUCAUUAAAGAAGCCAAUAUAAAUGUUGAACCUUUUUGGCCAGGCUUGUUUGCAAGGGCCCUGGCCAAUGUCAACAUUGGGAGCCUCAUCUACAAGGUAGGGCCUGGCGGACCUGCUCCAGCAGCUGAUGCUGCACCAGCAGGAGAUCCCACUCCCUCCACUGCUGCUGCUCCAGCUCAGGAGAAGAAAGUGGAAACAAAGAAAGAAGAAUCCAAGGAGUCUGAUGAUGACAUGGACUUUGGUCCUUUUGACUAA